AAAAGAUCUUCUUUUAUCUGCAUUCUUCAAAAACCCCAAGGUGUAUCUUCUCUCUUCAAAACCCGUGCUCUUAACAAUUUUCCUUUUGCAAGUGGAAACCAAUGGCGUCCACGGUUUCUCUAACUGGUCAGCUCUCAAAUCCGCAUGCCAAAAAUGACUGGAAAAGGCUCUGCCCUUUAUCUGCUUCUCUCUGUAACUUGAAUUCCAGUGCAAAUUUUGUUGAUAUGAAGAUAGUAUCUCGGACUGAUCUUCGAAAAGUUGGGCCUGAGCAGCAUAGAUGUGUCCGGGUAUACGGACUAUUUGGAGGGAAGAAAGACAAUAAUGGAAAAAGUGAUGAUGCGCCAUCCAAGGCUGGCAUUCUUGGAAACAUGCAAAAUCUUUAUGAAACUGUGAAGAAGGCGCAAAUGGUUGUUCAAGUUGAGGCUGUGCGAGUGCAAAAAGAGCUUGCUGUAGCAGAGUUUGAUGGUUAUUGUGAGGGUGAGUUAGUAAAGGUAACGCUAUCUGGGAAUCAGCAACCUGUACGAACAGAGAUUACUGAAGCUGCCAUGGAACUGGGAUCAGAAAAACUUUCACUUUUAAUCACUGAGGCAUACAAGGAUGCCCACCAAAAGAGUGUCCAGGCCAUGAAGGAAAGAAUGAACGAUCUCGCACAGAGCUUAGGAAUGCCACCAGGUCUUGGUGAAGGACUUAAGUGAGAUAAAUAUUCUCAUUUUGGAGUAUGCGAUGAGUUUCAAUUUUGCAUACGUCCCAUGGCAAGAACGCUUGUUUACUAUUACCAUGGAGUUUAAAUUUUGCUUAUUCGGUAUUUUAGGCUUGAAAUCCUUCCAAAUUGUGUAAGAAAAGUAAAGCAAACCCUUUGUCCCUGCUCUAUUUUUUGUUGAAUGGAAAUCUUGAGUCCUGUUAAUUCCU